GCCCCGCCGGGCGCGCUGCAUUCUGGGACGGGAGCUCCAAAAUGGACAACCCGAGGGAUGCGCCAGGGAAAGCGAGCCGGUGGUUUGGGGUCGCGCAGUCUAAAUCGGCCAAGACGAACGUGAAUAUUCUUCACCAAGAGGAGCUGAUAGCGCAGAAAAAGAGAGAAAUUGAGGCCAGGCUGGAGCAGCAAGCGAGACAGAAUUCCCUGAGCAUACAACAGCUACCUCUGUUUGGAGAAGAUGACAGUACUGACAAUGAAGCCUGUGUUUCCAACAAGUUUGUUAAUGAUGGCAGUUUCCUCCAGCAGUUUCUCAAGCUGCAGAAGGAAAAGUCAAGUUCUGAACCUCCCCCAAGUUCUACUAAUAACUCGGCAAACACUUCUGCAUCAAAUGCUGGGAAGAAACCUAUGCUGUUUGGGAAGCGCCCCGGUCAGGUCCUGAGCAGCAUGCUGCACCAAGCGAAGAACUACUCCCAUUCCAAACAGACCCCAGUCGUUAACCGCCUCAGUGUGUUUCAGUCGCCAGAUGAAGAUGAGGAGGAAGAUUAUGAGCAGUGGUUGGAAAUUAAAGUUUUACCCCCAGAGGAUGCGGAGACCCGACAAGUGGUGGAAAAGCUGGCUAGGUUCGUGGCUGAAGGGGGACCAGAAUUAGAGAAGGUCGCUAUGGAAGACUACAAGGAUAACCCAGCUUUUUCGUUUUUGCAUGAUAAGAACAGCAGAGAAUUCCUUUACUACAGAAAGAAAGUGGCAGAGAUAAGAAAAGAGAAUCAAAGUUCUCAGGCAUCCUCUUCUCAGAAAGUUUCACCCCCAGACGACGAAGAGACAAAGAACUCUGCUGAGAAACUGGCCAGGUUCAUAGCAGACGGGGGUCCCGAGGUGGAAGCUAUUGCCUUGCAGAACAACCGAGAGAACCAUGCUUUCAGGUUUUUGUAUGAGCCAAACAGCAAAGGCUACAAGUAUUACCGGCAGAAACUGGAGGAGUUCCGUAAGGCCAAAACCAGCACUGUGUGUGCCCCCUUGCCUGUAGAGUCCAGUCUGAAAAGGAAGACCAGUCCUGAGGCAUCACCAUCACCUUUGUGCUUACCACCUUUGCCUUUGCCCUUGCCUGUGCCCUCGCCUUUGCCUUUGCCCUUGCCUGUGCCCUCGCCUUUGCCUUUGCCCUUGCCCGUGCCCUCGCCUUUGCCCUUGCCUGUGCCCUCACCUUUGCCCUCACCUUCACCAUCAUCCUCUACAACUCCACCUGAUCAGACAGCUGCAACUACUGCUGCAACAACAACUACAGCUACUGGUACAGGCACUACUAAAAAGAAACGGAAGAGCAGGUGGGGGCCAGAGGAGGACAAGGUUGAAUUGCCUCUCCCACAGCUUGUCCAACAGCUGGAUUCUCCCUCCCCUCUUUCAGUUCAGGACCUCAAGGGUCUUGGUUAUGAAAAAGGGAAACCAGUUGGUUUGGUGGGUGUGACGGAGCUCUCCGAAGCCCAGAAGAAACAGCUGAAGGAGCAGCAGGAGAUGCAGCAGAUGUAUGAUAUGAUCAUGAAGCACAAGCGAGCCAUGCAGGAGAUGCAGAUGAUGUGGGAAAAGGCAAUUCAGCAACACCAACAUGGCUAUGACAGUGACGAAGAGGUGGACAGUGAGCUGGGAACAUGGGAGCACCAGCUUCGACGCAUGGAGAUGGACAAGACACGAGAGUGGGCUGAGCAGCUGACCCAGAUGGGCAGAGGGAAGCAUUUCAUCGGAGACUUUCUUCCACCUGAUGAGCUGGAGAAAUUCAUGGAGACAUUCAAGGCAUUGAAGGAAGGACGUGAGCCAGAUUAUUCCGAAUACAAAGAGUUCAAACUGACUGUGGAAAACAUAGGUUAUCAAAUGCUAAUGAAAAUGGGCUGGAAGGAAGGCGAGGGACUUGGCUCGGAUGGACAGGGGAUUAAAAACCCAGUCAGCAAGGGAACUACUGCUGUGGAUGGAGCUGGUUUUGGCAUUGAUCGUCCCGCCGAGCUAACCAAGGAGGAUGAUGAGUACGAGGCAUUCCGUAAGCGAAUGAUGCUCGCCUACCGCUUCCGACCAAAUCCAUUGAACAAUCCACGACGACCUUACUACUGAGAAUAUUCUUGGGACAAUGUAUUUUCAAAACAGUUGUAAUUUUACUGUGAAAUGUUAUGAAACUGCAUUAUCAUUCUCUUAUUUGCUAAUAUUGUAAAACUUAUUGAAGUCACAAUACCAUUUUUCACCCAGAAGAAAGGCCUGCAAGCCCACUCACUGCACACUUGAGUGUCAUGACAACUGUGUCGUAACAAGGCCUGGGUGGUUUUCAGAGAGGAGAACAGAGCAGGUGAGAACGGAGAUCUUUACACGGUGCCCUGCUGACAGGGGAAGGGUAGCACCAAAGAUACCAAUAAGACUAGUUCAGGGACUCCAUUCGUGUUCAGCUCAGUGCCAUGUUACAAGGAAUGCAUUUUUUGCCUAACAGCAGAUCCUCUGUUCAGAUACGCAGCUUGG